UGAUGGAAAACAUUCAGAUCAGAACGGAAAAAUGUGGCGAGUAGGCGUUUUAAUAAUAUUAUCUAUAGUUUUCGCCAGCGAAGCGGCUUCAGAGUACCAAUAUGGCAAGCAGCUUCAGAGAAUAAAGCGCUCCCCACACUACGACUGCCCGCCUUAUUACCCGCCUCCACCGCCGCCGCCACCACCACCUCCCUUCUGGCCACCCCCUCCCCCUUACCACCACCGUCACCACUUCGGACCACCUCCUUACUGGCCACCACCGCCACCGCCACCACCAGAAGAGCCACCACAACCUCAGCAAGCCGUUAGCCAAGCAGAGAGCUCAGCCAAGUCUGCAGCGCUUACUCAACAGUCCAAUCUGAACCAAAUCCAAGGUGGAGGCAACCCUCCAUGUGACACUUGCGGUGGUAACCAAAACUCGGCGGUUAGUAACUCACAGAGUGACUCGGGAACGGCCAUAUCUAUUGCAAUUUCUUCUGGCAAAAAUGGCGGAAAGUAGAUUGUGUUGUUUAUAUUAUCGAAAUGGUAAGGUUCUAAAAAUGAUGGAGUUUUAAUUUUAAUCUUUAGUUUGUAAUAUUACUGUCGUUGUAUGUUGUUAUGAUCUGAAAUUAAUGUAAGCAAUAAAAAGUAAAAACUG